AUGCAGCAGCUGCUGCUCACACUCCUCCUGUGCCUGUGCGCCCUCGCACUCGCCGAAAACCUAAACUUUCGCUCCCCCUCCACAAACCACCCUGGUCUCGAGAUCCCCCGCCCCGCUGCACACCUCACCAAGCGCUCCACCCCCACGGUCACACCCCUCCAGUUCACGCACGGCGUCGCCAGCGGCGACCCCUACGACACCUCCGUGAUCCUAUGGACGCGCGCCGUGCCUUCAGGCGUCGACUCUACCAAGCACCUCUACCGCGGGGCCCCCGCCUCCGCCCGUGUCUGCGUGGCGUGGGAGAUCUCGGCCACGGAGGACUUUAUGAGCAUUGCAGACGGCGGGGAGACAGAGACGUCUGGGGAGGUCGACUACACGGUAAAGGUGGAGGCGAAGAGGUUGCGACCGUUUACCACCUACUGGUAUCGAUUUCGGGCGUGCGGGGCAAGCGGGGAGGUGAGUGAGGUGGGGCGCACAAAGACUAUCCCCGCGGAGGAUGAUGAGGUGCCGGGAGGUCUACGGUUUGCCGUGUAUUCGUGUGCAAAUUAUGCGGAGGGGUAUUUUAACGCCUAUGGCAAUGUCGCGAGGAAGGACUCUGUGGACUAUGUGCUGCAUCUUGGCGACUACAUCUACGAGCUUCCCCUGCCUAUAAUCCUCAAAGAGCGCAUCCCAAAGCCCUACAAAGAAGCCAUCCAACUGCGCGACUACCGCCUCCGCAUCGCCACCUACCGCACCGACGAAGACCUGCUCCUCAACCACAAACUCUUCCCCUGGAUCCCCGUCUGGGACGACCACGAAGUGGCCAAUAACGGCUACACCGGCGGCAGCACCGCCUCUCAGAUUUGGAUGUACCUCGAAUGGACGUCCUGGGAGCAGCGCAUGCACAACGGCAUCCGCGCAUACUUUGAAUGGAUGCCCAUCCGCCAAGUCCAGGCCGACGACUCACUACGGAUCUGGCGCACCUUCAAAUUCGGCAAACUGGCGUCCCUCAUCAUGCUCGACACACGCUACUACUCGCGCGACGCAGGCAGCGAAGACACCGCCACCAUCACCUCCGAGCACCGCUCCAUCCUCGGCGCCCCGCAAGAGCAAUGGCUCUACAACCAGCUCUCUGACUCGCAGUCCCGCAACGCAACAUGGAACAUCCUCGGCCAACAGAUCCAGUUCUCGAACCUCAACGAGACGGCAAUACCAUGGUCCAAGGACGCGCCGCUCUACUACGACGGCUGGGCGGGUUAUCGCGCGAACAGAAGGAGGGUGCUGGAGAAGGUUGUCGAGUAUGGGGUGGAGAAUUUGGUAGUGCUUACGGGGGACUAUCAUACGCUUUGGACGGCGGAUUUGACGUGGGAUGGGGAUGAGGGCGGUAGGGGCGGGUAUGAGCCGGUGGGUGGGAAUGGGUCCUUGGGGAUUGAACUGGCGGUUACGUCUGUUACGAGCUCUUGUGGCUACGGCGCCCUAUCAUACGACGACGCACACACUGUCGCCGCCAACCUCGUCGCCGACAAUGCGGAGCUCAAAUGGGCCGAGGGCUACUACCGCGGCUACUUCGAGCUCACAAUCACGCCCGACAAUCUCUCGGCGCAGUACUUCUCCAUCCCUGACAUCCUAACAAGGAACUCGGAUGAGCUCAAGGUUGCACGCUGGGAGUCCGAGGCGGGGAGUAAUAGGCUCAAGAGGCCGUUUCCGAACCCCACGGUGGGGGCGGUGCAGGGUGAGAUUAGGGACUGGGCGAUGCCGGGGGGUAGGGGUCUGAGGAAGAAGCGUUGA